AUGGCAUCCAUACGCACACCAUGCAUAGACCAAUCAGAAGCUAUCGUGCAGCGCACGCACCUGUCCACAUAUAUACCUUGGCCCCCAUCCCGGAAACUUUUUCCAACCACUCUUGCUACAUAUAUUCACAACAUGGCCACCAAGCAAAAGACUCUCCCCACCUUCACCAUUAAGGACUACGGUUCGUUCGCCCUUGCCGGUGCUAUGGGUUGCGGUAUCACCCACGGUGCCAUGACCCCAAUUGAUGUCAUUAAGACCAGAAUUCAAUUGGAGCCUACCGUGUACAACACCGGUAUGGUUGGAUCCUUGAGAAAGAUCGUCGCUUCCGAGGGUGCUGGUGCUUUGUUGACCGGUUUGGGUCCUACCAUCUUGGGUUACUCUUUGCAAGGUGCCUUCAAGUUCGGUGGUUACGAGUUGUUCAAGAAGACCUUCAUUGAGCAAUUGGGUUACGACACUGCUUCUAACUACAAGAACUCCAUCUACAUCGGAUCUGCUGCUUUGGCUGAGUUCUUCGCUGACAUUGCUUUGUGUCCAUUGGAGGCUACCAGAAUUAGAUUGGUUUCUCAACCAUCUUUCGCUGACGGUUUGAUCGGUGGUUUCGGUAGAAUCUUGAAGGAGGAGGGUGUUGGUUCUUUCUACAACGGUUUCACUCCAAUUUUGUUCAAGCAAAUUCCUUACAACAUUGCCAAGUUCUUGGUUUUCGAGAGAGCUGCUGAGGCCAUCUACUCUACCAUCCCAACUCCAAAGACCGAGGUUUCUUCCACCACUGCCACUGUUGUUAACUUGGGUGCCGGUAUCAUUGCCGGUUGUUCCGCUGCUAUUGUUUCUCAACCUGCUGACACCUUGUUGUCCAAGGUCAACAAGACCAAGAAGGCUCCAGGUCAAUCUACCAUCGGUUUGUUGGCUCAGUUGGCCGGUCAAUUGGGUGUCCGCGGAUCUUUCGCUGGUUUGCCAACCAGAUUGAUCAUGGUCGGUACCUUGACCUCUUUGCAGUUCACCAUCUAUGGUUCUUUGAAGAAGGCCUUGAACUGUCCUCCUGGUGUUGAGUUGUAA